UGUAUCUCGCGUUGUAUAAGUGCGAUCGGGUUACGCUAAAUGGCGUUAGAAAAAUAAGAUUUUGUACUAAAAAAACUUCUCAGACAGUUUUGUGAUUGCUUGACUCAGUAUUGUUUGAGUGCGCGUCAAAGAUGGACACCAGCAAAGAGAAAAUACGCCAUAUUUUACAGUUUUUCUUCGAUAAAGGCGAAAACGCAAGCCAGGCGGCUGAAAAUGUGAAUAGUGUUUAUGGUCCUGAUACUGUAACAGCCAAUCACGCGCAAUUCUGGUUUCGUCGAUUCCGUUCCGGUAAUUUUGAUGUCAAGGACGCAUCACGCUCUGGAAAGCCAAUUGUCGAAAAUGUCGAUAAAAUAAUGGAAAUCGUCGUCCGUCAUGUAAGCACUGUUUCGAUUGCCCAGGAGCUAAACAUUGCACAAAAAACCGCUUGGAACCACUUGAAUAAGGCUGGAUACAAAAAGAAGCUCGAUGUAUGGGUGCCACACGAGCUAACACAAAAAAACCUCAUGGACCGAAUUUCCAUCUGCGAAUCGCUGCUGAAUCGCAACAAAAUCGACCCAUUUCUGAAGCGGAUGGUGACUGGUGAUGAAAAGUGGGUCACUUACGACAACGUCAAGCGAAAACGGUCGUGGUCGAAUCGCGGUGAGCCGGCGCAAACGGACAACGCAAGGCCACACACAUUGAUAGUGACUCGCCAGAAGCUCCGGGAGCUUAGUUGGGAGGUUCAUAUGCAUCCACCUUAUAGUCCGGAUCUGGCUCCAAGUGAUUACCACCUGUUCCUGUCUAUGGCAAAUGAUUUUGCUGGUAAAAAAUUCGACUCAAGAGAAGCUUGUGAAAAUCAACUGUCCCAGUUUUUUGCCAAUAGGGACGAGGGUUUCUAUAAGAGAGGCAUAAUAAAAUUACCUUCAAAAUGGCAACAAAUUAUCGAACAAAACGGUGCAUAUUUGACCUAAAUCGGAUCAUUCUAACUAUACUAAAUAAAGCCUUCAAUUUCAUGCAAAAUAAUGGAUUUCUUUUUA